GAUGCAUGAUGAUGGUUUCUGGUUUCACGAUUUUUGACUGUUAUGUCAUUCUAAUCUAAAUGCAAAUGGAGCACAUUCGGACUCGGAGGUAAAUACGAGACUGAAGAGCUUUCUGGGAGAGUGUAAUGUCUGAGAGAUGAUGGUCAGAAUAGAGAGCAAUGCUUCUUGGAAGUUUGACCAUGCAGCCCGUCUCCAAAGUGAUUUCUCUGGACGACGAUAGUGACGAGGACGAUGACUGCCUGAUCACCUGCAUCAAGCCCCCUAGUGCGAUGCCUCCGCAGUGUGAGUUGCUGUCGUGGACGCCGCAGAGUCGCGCACUCUCGCGUCCGACGACGACGGCUGUGGCUGUGGCUGAGGACGGCGGUGACGGUGACUCGUCAUCAGACGAUCUGCCGUCGGUGUCGGAGGUGUUGCGUGGCGGCACGGCCUACCUCAAAGGUUCACUUCUGGCUGGCGAGCCCCGGACAUCGCCGGGCAACGCUGCCGUCACUUGCAUUAAGGCCGACGACGACAAAGCGGAUUUCAUCGACGAGGGUGCCGUGUUGAAAACGGCCACGGUGCGUCACAUUGCGCGACUUUGCGCGGACAACCACUAUAGCACCCGGCCAGGUUAUGGCCCAGAGAUUUCCUGCUCUCGUGUCGAAAACCAGCAACACACGCGCCAGCAGCCGUGCCGAAAGCACGCAGCUAGAAAGCAGCGGGCAGUUGCACUAAAAUCGCCUCAGAAAUCACCACAGUCAAGCCAGGAGAGCAAGCAGCGCGUUCAAUUAGAGAUUCAGCAGCAGCAGCAGCAGAAUGAACACUUGCGACUCCUACAACAACAGCAGCUACGGAUCCAGCUGCAGCUGUCACAGUGUACACAACCACAGGAGCAACAGGACCAACAAUCACACCACCAUCAUUCUGACCAUCAACAGCAACAACAACUGCAGCAACUACAACAACAGCAGCAACAACAACAGCAACAACUACAACAACAGCAGCAGCAGCAGCCACAACAACAACAACAACAACAACAACAAUGUUAUCUACUACUGUUGCAGCAUUCGCAGCAUGUGAAAUUCCCACCUGUGACGUUAUGCACAUCCAAUCUAGGCUUCUCUCCAACGAGUAUUCAAACCACAACUGUACCCAUUGCAAGUGUUGCUGUCUCUACACCCGGCUCUUCCACCACCAAUGUGCCGCGUAGCGUUACUUGCGAACCAAUACCUGCGAAUCAACGCACUCGCCGCCGCAUGUUGCCGCACACCGGUAACCCAACCAAACCUGUCCCCGGAGCAGCCGCGAGAACCGAUACAGCACUGGCAGCACAUUCACCGGAUCUGGUCGAAGUUAUUCGACGUCUAGCCCAGCGAGAUACGACCGGCAUGCACGUUGCCGCGCCGCCUUCGAUGACGGCACUGGGCAGGGACAUGAAGUCGUCGCCGUCGAUCAUGUUGGUAAUGCCACUGUAUGGCCGCAGCAGCGACCACGGCGCUGAGACACGCGUGCAGUACAUACAGGAAGCACUGGCCCUGCUCGACGCCGGCAUUGGUCUGGAUGCACAGGUGCGGCGUACACUCGCGGGCUGGCUGUGCGGUGGUGCCAGGCGUAGUGGGACCGAUGCUCCCCGCCUGCUGUGCGUGCUGUCGAACGCGCUGUGGCGUUGCAUGCAGCUGGACCAGCAGUCUACGGCGUGUCUGGAGUGGUGGUGGGAGACUGCUGAAGAGUUCUUCUGCUCGUCGUCGACAGCAUGGAGCAGUGACUUGGCUUAUGCAGCUGCUCUGGAGUUGACAGUAACCGGCCUCCAAUGUAAUAUCAAGUACAAGCAGGGCCGCGCUGGUACGUUUCCGUUCUGCCCGCUGAAGCACCGCAAGCGUGUUGUGUGGGCUAUCGAGGCAUUGGCGGCGACGUAUGCUGGUGCAGUGCCACCAUCACCACCAGCAGCAGCAGCCACGGCUCUGGUGCAGUGCCGCCGCUUGCUCUGCAGUCUCCUGUCGUUAUCCGUGCUUCAGUACUCUGCUGCCGCUGGUGCUGGUGCUGCGCUUGAACAUGGUGACCGGCAACUCCUGCAGCGCGUCCUGUGCGUCUCGCAAGAUCUCAUGGUGGCAUGCAAGCAACUCACGCCCGCCAGUCGCAACCACCUUCUCCGCCAGCUCCCUGAAUGCCUGGCCUUUUGCACGGCACGCAUGCUGUUAAAGGAUACGCGCUGGAGCGGCGCCAAGCGCGUCUCCGAGGUGGUCUCCGUGAACGGCCUCAUGCGCGAGUAUCAGAGAGUGUUUGAUUUGAGAAUGGCGCCGGAGGUAAGAAGCAGUGUUGCACCAUUGCUGACACUUCUCGUCCGUCUUCUGCUCAGCGCUGACUGUCAUCUAGAGCCAAGUACCGUGGUGUGGCUGAGCGGCUUCGAUACUCAAUACCCAAUGCUGAUUCUCCUCUUGGCGACGCAGCUAACAACUAAGUAACAAGGUGAAAAACUCAAAAACCAUUGUCAGCCUGUUGUUGUCCAUGCUAUGGCCGUGCUCUCUCUCUCUCUCUCUCUCUCUCUCUCUCUCUCUCUCUCUCUCUCUCUCUCUCUCUCUCUCUCUCUCUCUCUC